CCUGAGCCAAAAUAUUCAACCGGUGCAUCGUCUCUCCUUCCUGCGCCUCUCCUCCCUCCGUCGCUCCCUCUGCUCAUCCAUCCAUGCAGUCACCUCGGCUCUUUGCAGGGCUCCGACGGCAUCCAGGGAACUAACUGCUGCUGGAGAACUGAGCCAGAGCGUAGACGGGAGUGGAUUGUACUCCCUCCUUUAGUGCGUGCUAACGAGCUAAAGUCAGCACCAAUGAGGAGACUUUUGCACACUCUGCUAAUGGACUCGCGAUAAAGAGACUCUGGAUUUUACUUUUGUUUGCAGGAGUGACUUCACAAAUGACAACUUCAGGGCUUGAAAACCACAUAAAUUAGCCCACCAUGCUUUUGAAGUCAGGACUUUUCCUCUCUUUGUGUCUGUUUACCCUUCAAGCAAGUCAAAUCAAAGAACUUCAAGACAACAGCUUUUCUGGACUCAGGGAUGUGAAGUACCGUCACUUUUUACAAGCCUCCAGACCGAUCAGACACACGGCAAAUGUCAGAGCAGAGCAGGGCAGACAUCGGACGAAAAGGUCAGCAAUCUUCCACACAGGGGUCAAAGUGUGUCCUCAGGAGACGAUGAAGGAAGUCAUUGGCAGCCAUCGGACCUACUACAAACUCAGAGUUUGCCAGGAGGCGAUUUGGGAAGCAUUUCGGAUCUUUUUUGACAGAGUCCCUGACUCAGAAGAAUACAGAUCCUGGGUGUACACCUGCCAGCAUGAAAACCUCUGCAUGGAUGACCUGGCGAGAAACUUUAGCAGUGCUCAGGAGCAUCUUGAUAUGGUGGCCAGAAGAGUGGCCAUGGCAGCUGAAAUCGAAGGGGUUGAAACAGGAACCCCAGAUCCUGAUAGGGAAUGCACCUGGACACCCCAUUUGCUUAUGCUGCCAACUGGGACUGAAGUGAUCCAAGAAGACAUGAAAAUGGAGAAUUUCGAGUACAUUGUGGAGUUUAGCAUCACAGUUGUGGACCCGACAUACAACGAUGUGCUGAGUGACCCAGAGGCCCUACAUGCCAGUGACAUCACACGAGAGCUUACAAACAAGAUGCUUCACGUGUUUGAAAAAAUUCCAGGAUUUAAAGAGAUUCAAGUUCUGGGAUUUCGCUCUGAUGAUGUGUCUGUGCGAGUGGUCUUUAAUGGAGACACGGAUCUCACUGAUGAUGCUGAGGUUCUUGAGGUGCCAGAAAUAGACGAGGACGUAAACGCUCCUAAACUGAGGUUCAUCAUAGUGAGGGCCUUAAAAGAGGAACCAUCGCUCCCACUGGACAUAAGGACACUCAACUUUGAGGCUUUUACCACAGUGUAUCCAGUUGCUGAGCUCGGCAUAAAUCCCGUUGACAGCGCCAUCUCUGGGGACUACACCACGCCAGCGCCCAUAGAAGACAACAAUCCCACUCCAAGUUUCCUCCCCACUGUAGCCGUGAUAGAAAACUACUACACCACUGUUACAAGUGAACCAGAACCACACACCUUUGUGCCUUUCAUCCCAAACGUCGUCCCAGAAAUGACACCGCCGGCCACAGAUGAGACUCCUCUCAUGGCCUCUGUUGAGGAAUCCACAGAAGAUAGCACUGAGGAGCCGAGUGGCAUCGCAACACCGGACACCAAACAGGAUGAUGAGAGUGUAGCUGAAGUGGAAGAACAGCUGACUGACGUUGUUCCUGAGCUAGAAGAUGUGGUCAAUGAGGAACAACCUGCCGAGGUCUCCAAUGACCUGCCUGAGUUUACUGAACCAACAUUUACUGAGAUUUCUGUUGUAGAAGCAACGAUCCCGGUCUACACCACAGCAGCUCCUGAUCAAAUUGUCCAAGAUUUACCUGAUUUAGCUGAAGAUGCACAUGAGGAACAUUCUGCUGAGGACACCAAUAAACUGCCAGAUCCCACCGACGCCCCAGUAACUGAGGCGACUGUCAUUGAAGCAACAGUCCCAGUCUACACGACUGCAUCUCCUGAGCAAACUACCCAAGAAUUACAUGAGUUAGCUGAGGAUGCACAUGAGGACCAUUCUGCUGAGGACACCAAUGAGCUGCCAGAACCCACGGAUGCCCCAAUUACUGAGAUGCUGGUUAUCGAAGCAGCAGUCACAACCUCCACAACAUCAUCUCCAGAGCAAACGACCCAAGGGUUACCAGCGCUGGCUGAUGGGGUCAAUGAGGAGAACACACCUGAGAUUACCAAUGACCUACCAGAGUUCACGGAGCCCACUUUUACUGAGACACCCAUCAUAGAAGCGGCCGUCACAGUCUCUACACCAUCACAUCAUGAGCAUGCUGUCCAAGGCAUUGAACCAGAUUCAGAUGCAGUGCUCGUGCAACCCCCCAUAGAGAGCGGGGAAGCCCCCCAGGACCAAGAUGAGUCUGCUGGAGGGUACAGUGGAGUGACCCCAGCCUCCAUAGAAUUGCCUCCUGUGAACUCAGACAAUCAAGAGGAUGUCGGGAGCAGCGCAGUGACUCCUGAGGAAGUGAUAAUAGAGCCAGAAGAAGACAGCAGCACUGCAUACCCCUCAGAGUCUGACGAGCGGCCGUAUGGAUCCACAGCAGCACCGGCCAUGAGGCUAGCCAGCACCCCGCUGGUGACCACGGUGGAGAAGAGCAAAGAGUUAGUGGUUUUCUUUAGCUUGAGGGUGACUAACAUGAUGUUUUCUGAAGACCUGUUCAACAAGAGCUCCCCAGAGUAUAAAUCACUGGAGAAUACCUUUCUGGAGCUGACACAGCACUCUGGGCCCAGAAAAUCCCAGAACCCUGGAGCUUCCAGUAAAACUGGGGUUGGGAGACAGACAACUUUAGCCUCCAUACCGCUUCUGCCAUACCUCCAAUCCAAUUUGACUGGAUUUAAGCACUUGGAAAUUCUUAACUUCCGUAAUGGGAGUGUUGUGGUUAACAGCCGGAUGAAACUGGAUAAACCUGUACCUUACAACGUCACUGAAGCAGUUCACUGUGUGCUCGAAGACUUCUGCAGUGCAGCAUCGAAACGACUAGACAUCGAGAUUGACAGCCGCUCCUUGGAAAUCGAGCCAGCUGACCAAGCAGACCCCUGCAAGUUCCUGGCUUGCAAUGAGUUUUCCCGCUGCGUGGUGAACAGUUGGACCGAGGAGGCCGAGUGUCUGUGCGAUCCAGGGUACAGCACUGUGGAUGGCCUGCCCUGUCAGAGCACCUGCACUUUAGAGCCAGACUACUGUCAGAACGGAGGCCUGUGUGAAAUAAUCCCUGGACAUGGAGCCACCUGCAGAUGCCCUGUAGGCAAAUACUGGCACUACCAUGGCGAACGCUGCAGCGAGAUGGUGACAAUGCCAGUGGACCCUUCGCUCAUUGUAACCUGCCUCGUGGGAAGCCUCUGCCUUGUUUGUGCCAUCAUUGGCCUUUUGAUAUUCAUUAACAAGAAAUGUAUAAAGCCCAAAAAGACUUUAACUUUGGUGAACACCCUUUCACCUUAUGCCUUUGAGAAUACUUUGAGGGUGAACCCAGUAUUUGAGAAUGAUGAUGGUGCCUUAAGUCAAGUGUCCACAUAUCCAUGUUCUUCAAGUUCUUCUUCUUCCCAAUCCCAACAGUCUGAACAGGAACAUUUUGCCACUAUUGAAAAUAUACAUCUGAGUAUUGAGAUCCCCAGACAGCUCUACACAACAAGAUCGGAAAAGUUAGUCUCGGGAAUGGUCGACUUCCAUCACUGCAUACCGCAUGAUGAGACUUAUCGUCACCCAAAUGAAUACAGGACAUGCUGGUUUUUAACGCCGUCUGACAACGAAUUUUCUGAAGUCACGGAUGUUUGAUGACAGCUCUGACCACCGCCAUGUUGAAAAAGCACACAGCAAAGACUGAAGUUACUGUUUAACUGUAUGUGGAGGCAUUAAGGAGUAUAGAGCAGUUAAAUGGUGAUAAAAGUGUUGAGAUUAAUCCUUCAUA